ACAGUUUGAAUUCAGGAAUUUGAAACAAAGCCUGUUACAAACUGCCCAGAGGGAGCCAUGGCUGCAGAGAACCCCCUGGAAAGUCUCCAGGAGGAAGCGACAUGUCCCGUCUGUCUGGAGUAUUUCACAGAACCUGUCACUCUGGAGUGUGGGCACAAUUUCUGCCGAGCCUGCAUCAGCCAGUGCUGGGAGGGAUCCGAUACAGCCGCCUCCUGCCCUCAGUGCAGAGAAACUGUGCAACAGAGAAACCUCAGGCCCAACAGGCAGCUGGCAAAUGUCCUAGAAAUUGCCAAGCGGCUGAGUUUACAGGCAGCAAAGGGAAGAGGAGGGGACGGGGUGUGUGGGGAACACCAGGAGGCUCUGAAACUGUUCUGUGAAGAGGAUCAAAGCCCCAUCUGUGUGAUCUGCAGAGAGUCCCGGGCUCACCGCACUCACAUGGUGGUUCCCAUACAGGAGGCUGCCCAAGAGUACAAGGAAAAAAUACAAGCCCAUUUGAAGACUCUGAGGGAAGAGAGAGAAAAGCUGCUGGGAUUUCAAGUGACUGGAGAGAAGAGAAGCCAGGAGUAUCUGAAACAGACAGAAACUGAGAGGCAGAAGAUUGUGUCUGAAUUUCAGCAACUCCAGCAGUUCCUGGAGGAGCAAGAGCGACUCCUGCUGGCCCAGCUGAAGAAGCUGGACGACGAGAUUGUGAAGAUACAGAAUGAAAAUAUCACCAAACUCUCUGAGGAGAUUUCCCAUCUCAGUGAACUGAUCAGUGAGAUGGAGGGAAAGUGUCAGAAGCCAGCAAGUGAAUUCCUGCAGGAUGUCAGAAGCACCUUAAGCAGGUGUGAGAAGGGGAAGUUCCAACAGCCAAAGGAGAUUUCUCCUGAACUGGAAGAGCGAGUCAGCAACUUCUCCCAGAAAAUCUUUGUGGUUUCAGAGACUCUGAGGAAGUUCAAAGACACUCUGGAGACACGAAUUGAGGAAUUCCUAGGAGCAUACAGACAGGUGAUUGUGACUGUGACUUUGGAUCCAGAAACGGCUCAUCCCAAACUCAUCCUGUCUGAGGAUCGGAAACAUGUGAGAUACGGAGACAUAUGCCAGCAACUGCCCAGCAACCCUGAGAGAUUUGACACUAAGCCCUGUGUGCUGGGCUGUGAGGGAUUCACCUCGGGGAGACAUUGCUGGGAGGUGGAGGUGGGGGCCGGGCAAUACUGGGCUGUGGGGGUGGCCAGCGAGUCUGUGGGGAGGAAGGGAGAGAUCAGCCGUAGCCCUGAGGGGGGGAUCUGGGCUGUGGAGUGCUGGGGGGGUCAGUUCCGGGCUCUCACCUCCCCUGUGACCCCCCUGCCCCUGAGCCGGGUCCCCAGCAGGAUCCGGGUUUGUCUGGACUGUGACCGGGGGCAGGUGACAUUUAUCGAUGCUGGUGACGAGGCCCCGAUCUUCACUUUCCCGCCGGGCUCUGUCCCUGGGGGGAGAAUCCGACCCUGGUUCUGGGUAGGGCGGGGAGCCCGACUCAGACUGUGUCCCUGAGACACACAGCAAAGAGGGGAACAGGAAUUCAGCCUCUCUAGCCUCAUGGACCCAAGUCUCUUAGAUCUUGGAGGACUCCCAUCUACCCAGCCCCUUUCUCUUCAUUUCUAUGGCUGCUGGAAGCACCUCCCCCUCCCUCUUUGCAGCCUCAGCGAGGGAGGGGGAGGGGAAAAACUGCUGGGGCUGCAGCAGGGGAAGAGGAGCCCAGAGGG